AUGUUAUAUAUGAAAAACUAUGAUCAUUUUAAUUCAAUAUUGACACCUCAACAUCUCGCUGUAAUGCGGACGGGUCCAAUCGAAACCGCUGCUUUAUAGCGGUGGAGGAACGAACUCGUAAAAUCCUAACGGCUUUUAUGUAGUGCGGUAUAAACAACAACAACAUCCCCGGCUUUAUGGCGUUUUAUAGUUUGUUAAACAGUUUACUGCCUUUUUUGGGGCUAUUACAAAUGCAAUUCCCUUCAUGUGAUAGUUAAACCUUUAUCAAUAAUAAGGAAAUUGAUCAUUAAAAUGUUAAAUAUGACUACCUCGUUUGUUUUAAAAUAUGUUUAGGGUAAGAAGCUGUAUGAUUUGAUAACUUGUAUUAAAAUACCAAUUACAUUUAUAGGACCUUUUAAAACUGGUAGCAAUUAAAUCGUGUUCUUUUACAGUUUUCCAAAGCGACCCUGACAUUUAAAAAGGCUAAAACUGCCUCGUUAAAAUUUUGAAAUUAACGACUGCGAGCGCUUCUCUUUAAUUUUCCAACACUCCCCAAAAAUCAAUCUUUUGGGUGGUCUAGGUAUGUGAUUUGUUGUGAGGCGAGCGAUACCUCAUUAAUGUAGGUAGUUAAACAUAUUUAAUCCGUAUAUUCACCCCACCUCCUUCUCCCUUCCCCUCUCGCUCCCUCUCUCUCUCGCUCGCUCGCUCCCUCUCCCUCUCUCGCUCCCCCUCGCUUGCUUUUCCUUCUUUAUUCUCUCACACUCUUCCUUUCACAAUCAUGCGGUGCAGAGUCCGUGUGGAGUAAGGAGAAGCCAAUAGGAUGAGGUUUUGGUAAUAGAUGCAAAUGAUCAUGAAAAGACACUGCAAAAUAUGAAACAACUCAUUUGCGCUGAAGUAAAUCACUGAAAACUGUUUAUGAACUGGCAUCUCUUCUUGGAAAUGUAAAGCGAGAACUCUUUAAGUGGCGAUUUUUUUUUUUUUUUUUUUUAGGGGUGGGGGGGAGGAAAGAAUUCAAUAUCAUGCAGGCUUAGAGUUUUGAUUAUAUCCUCCUUUUAUAUUCCUGGAAAUCACAAACUGUCGUUGCUUAGCAUCUUAGCGCUUUCUUUUUUUGCUAAUAGAUUCCCGUGGUCUGGUCUGGUUGGCAUUUUUUUUUUUUUUGCCUUUUUUUUUUUUUUGCCUCCUUUUCUUCCUCCUCCAAACAAAUAUUCUUAUUUAAAUUAAAAUGAGCUCUUAUUUUGUCAACUCACUCUUCUCCAAAUACAAAACCGGGGACUCCUUGCGCCCCAAUUAUUAUGACUGUGGGUUCGCUCAGGAUCUCGGGGGCAGACCCACCGUGGUGUACGGACCCAGCACGGGGGGCACCUUCCAGCAUCCGACCCAAAUCCAGGAGUUCUACCACGGAGCAUCCUCACUCUCCAGCUCCCCUUACCAACAGAAUCCCUGCGCCGUGGCGUGCCAUGGGGACCCCGGCAACUUCUAUGGCUACGACCCCUUGCAAAGGCAGAGCCUCUUCAGCGCCCAGGAGUCGGACUUGGUGCAGUACACGGACUGCAAGCUCGCUGCCAGCGGCCUUGGAGAGGAGGCGGAGAGCUCGGAGCAGAGCCCUUCUCCGACCCAGCUUUUCCCCUGGAUGCGACCGCAAGCAGCCGCUGGACGGAGGAGGGGGAGGCAAACCUACAGCCGCUACCAGACGCUGGAACUGGAGAAGGAAUUUCUAUUUAAUCCCUACCUGACCCGCAAACGGAGGAUCGAGGUCUCGCAUGCCCUGGGAUUGACAGAAAGGCAGGUCAAAAUCUGGUUCCAGAACAGGAGGAUGAAAUGGAAAAAGGAAAACAACAAAGACAAGUUUCCCAGCAGCAAAUGCGAGCAGGAAGAACUGGAAAAACAGAAAAUGGAAAGAGCCCAGGAGGUGGACGAGGAAGGGGAAGCACAGAAGGCGGACAAGAAAUAAAAGGAUUUUUAAGGACUGAAAGGCAAGCGCUGCUGGGGUGGCAGAGCCCCUGAGCCCCGCGUUAAUGGCAGUUAAUGUAGGGGGGGGUGGGAAAAAAAAACAACAAUGCAUAGAAAAGAGAAAGAAUAAAAACCCCUUUUAUUGCUGUAAAACAAUAUAGCUGUAAGCACCACUUUCCUGAUUAUCCUUUGAUACAAUGAACAGUAUGCAAAAGGGAGCGGAAGGUCUCUCCUGCCUUUUGCCAGUUAUUAACUAGUGGUAGUGUAACGCAAUAGCUUAUGUAAAACAUGACUGUGAAAUUCUCUCUCUCUCUGUCUUUCUCUCUGUCUCUCUCUUCUUUCCGGGGGGGUGGGUUGGUUAACAUAGCUUUCAACGCUAUAGGAGUUACGUGAAAUUACAUUUGUGCACUUUUUUUUUUUUAAUGAUUUCUCACCUUUUACGUUGUGGUUUCUCUGUAUGUACCGGAGGUAGCUAUUGAGACAAACAUCCCAACAACAUGAAACUGCCUAUUUAUGCUAUAGUUAUCUCUCUCUUUCUCUCUCUUUCUCUCUUUGCUUUCCUUUCUGUUCUUUGCUUUGGUUCGGUUUUGUUUUUUUUUUAUUUUUUUUUUUAAAUUUUUAAAUGUCUCUUCCAAAAAAAGGGAAAAAAAAGAAAAAAAUAACAAGAAAAAAAGCGUUUUUUCUCUCCUUUAGUUAGCAUGCGCACAGUGAAGCAAGUUGUAAAGUGAUCUUUAGGUUAACUGUGAAAAAGAAUGUAUACUGUAAACGUGAAUUACUUUAUUGGGGGAACUAAUGAUAUAUUUUGUUGUUCUUUCAUCACUUUGUUCUAUUGUCUAAACCUGGAAGCGGCGGAAGAAAGUUACAAUAAAGUUUACAAGCGAGAAUUCCGUGACAUCAUUCUUUUACCCUGCUCCAUUUCCUCCAGGACCACUUUGAUAGAAAGGAAAUAAAAGUCAAUUGUGUCGGAGCUGCAGCCCUGGCCAUC